AUGGCAGGCGUGACGGAGCUGAUGUUGUCGUUUUAUGUUCGCUACGUCAAUUGGACUCUUAACCAUGAAGAGUCUCCCCGACAAGAACAUAGUCAGAUCGUGUACUGCAAAAAAAAAAAAGAUGAGCCAAACACACAUUUUGUGGAGGAGGGGGUGGAGGAGGAGGAGGAGGAGGAGGAGGAGGAGAUGAUCAAUGAAGAUGAGGAAGAAGCAUAUUACCAUGGUAAACAGUUCGAAUAUGGUGGUCUUGAGGGGGAAGUUGGGCGUACACCUACGCAUGGUGAGCCGUCAUUGUACCUUGGGGAACAUCACUCAGAAACAAUGACUCCUAUUGAACAUAUUGCGAUAUGGAGUUCCUUGCUGAUGGAAAGGCAGCCGACGAACGCAAGGUGGAUGAUAUUUCCUUAUGAAAUCAAUUUGGAACCCGGAAAAUCAUUUAUAUUUAGGAAUAUAGCAAAUGGGCUUGGAGGUCGUCCUAAAUGGAAGGAUGUGGAUAUGGUUCUAUUCGUAAUAAAUGUUGUUGGUACCCACUGGUUUAUGGUAGUGCUACAUUUUGAUACCUGGAAAGUAGAUAUUUAUGAUUCAGCACGACCUAUGGAUUACUUCUCAAAGUACUUAACCGGUGGAAAAUUCACAAGUUUUGGAGAUAGUGUUAUCUCAGAGUCAGAUGCCAUUGAGUACUGGAACUAUUUCCCUGUUGGACACAAAGACAAAGCAAGGUGGAUUUUAUUGAUGUUGUAGACGCGCCACAACAAGAAUAUAGUCUUGAUAGAGGGGAUUGUGGGGUAUUUGUAUGCAUGUAUAUGGAAAUGAUUGUUUCGGGGGUACCAGUGAAGAUUUCUACGACACGUAGAGAUGCGGGAUUUCUCUACAGACAUAAGAUGACAAAUAUUAUUUGGGGUACUAUAUAGGCCCUACUAUAUAAGUUGAUAUUAGG